AUGUCAACUGAAUUUCUUGACUUCCUCUCUUUCUUUCUCGGUUUCUACUCUUUUAUCUCUCCCCCCCCUCCCCCCAAUUUGUCUCUUCCACUUCUCCUCACUCACAAGUUCUCUCUCUUCUAUCUCUACUUCCCAAUUGCAUUUCUAUAUCCCCCCACCACACUCUGUUCUGUCACUUUUAUCUCCCCCCCCCCCAAUUCCAUUAUCCCUCUGCAAUUUCUUUCUUUAUCAGUCCUUCUUUCUUCUUUUCCAUCACCCCCCCCCAAUUCCAUUAUCCUCUGCAAUUUCUUUCUUUAUCAGUCCUUCUUUCUUCUUUUUGAUGAAAGGCCAUCACCCCCCCCAAUUCCAUUAUCCCUCUGCAAUUUCUUUCUUUAUCAGUCCUUCUUUCUUCUUUUCCAUCACCCCCCCAAUUCCAUUAUCCCUCUGCAAUUUCUUUCUUUAUCAGUCCUUCUUUCUUCUUUUCCAUCACCCCCCCAAUUCCAUUAUCCCUCUGCAAUUUCUUUCUUUAUCAGUCCUUCUUUCUUCUUUUCCAUCACCCCCCCAAUUCCAUUAUCCCUCUGCAAUUUCUUUCUUUAUCAGUCCUUCUUUCUUCUUUUCCAUCACCCCCCCCCAAUUCCAUUAUCCCUCUGCAAUUUCUUUCUUUAUCAGUCCUUCUUUCUUCUUUUCCAUCACCCCCCCCGAUUUUGUCAUUUUCAUUUCCCUCCAGUGAAAGUUCCCAUCCUCUCUGUGCCAUCCUUAGUUUCAUCUCUUCCAUUUACUAGUCAAUGCCCUCAUAUCUCGACCCCUAGUCCCUCUAUUCCAUCUCUACCUCCAAUUCUAUCUCUUUCAAUUUUAGCCUCUCUUCUGGUACAAUCUAUUCUAUCCCCUACCCCAGUUCCAUCUUUUCCAUCUCUACCCACCCACCAAUCCACAUCUUCCAUCACUCAGCCCUCAAUUCCAUCUUUUCUCUCCACCACCCGCUGGUUCUAUCAAUACCAUCACCCUUUCCAGUUCUUUCAUUUCUCAUCACACCCUUUUUCCAAAAUUCUUUCUCUUCCUUGUCUACCUCAAAAUUCUCAGUUCUGUCUGUUCCAUCACUCCCUCAAAAAUUUGUGUCUUCCAUAUUUCCCACAAAAUUCUGUACCUUCAAACACUCCCUCAAAAUUCUGUCUGUUCCAUCUCUACCUUAAAAUUCUGUCUCUUCCAUCGCUCAAACAAAAAUCUCUGUUUCAUCGCUCCCUCAAAAUUGUGCCUGCUCCAUUUUUGCCUUCAAAAUUUUGUCUCAUCCAUCUUUCCCGCAAAAUUCUGUCUCUUCCAUAUUUUCCCCAAAAUUCUGUCUCUUCCAUAUCUCCCUCAAAAUUCUUCUCUUCCAUCUCUCCCUCAAAAUUCUGUCUCUUCCAUCUUUCCCUCAAAUUUCUGUAUAUUCCAUUUUCUUCCAUCUCAACCAUAAAAUUCUCUCUCUACCAUCUCAAACUUAAAAUUGUCUUUCUUACAUCGCUCCAACAAAAAUCUCUCUCUUCCAUCACUCCGUCAAAACUGUGCCUGCUCCAUUUUUCCCUCAAAAUUCUGUCUCUUCCAUCGCUCCUUCGAAAUUCAGUCUCUUCCAUCAUUCCAUCAAAAUUCAAUCUCUUGCAUCUCUCCCUCAAAAUUCUGUCUUCCAUCUCUCCCUUGAAAUUGUGGUUCUUCCAUCUUUCGCUCGAAAUUCUUUCUCUUGCAUCUCUCCCUCUAAAUUCUGUCUCUUACAUCUAUCCCUCUAAAUUUUGUCUUUUCCAUCUCUCCCUCAAAAUUUUGUGUCUUCAAUCUUUUCUCAACAUUCUGUCUCUUCCAUCUUUCCCUCGAAAUUUUGUCUCUUCCAUUUUUCCCCUCGAAAUUCUGUAUCAUUCAUAUCUUCCAUCUCUCCCUCAAAAUUCUGUCUCUUCAUUCUUUCCCACGAAAUUCUGUCUCUUGCAUCUCUCCCUCAAAAUUCUGUCUCUUCCAUUUCUUCCUCUAGAUUCUGUCUCUUGCAUCUUUCCCUCAAAAUUCUCUGUCUUCCAUCUUUCCCUUGAAAUUCUCCCUUUUCCAUCUUUCCCUCAAAAUUCUGUAUCUUCAAUCUUUCCUCAAAAUUCUGUCUCUUCCAUUUCUCACUCAAAAUUCUGUCUCUUCCAUUUCUCACUCAAAAUUCUGUAUCUUCCAUCUCUCCAUCGAAAUUCUGUCUCUUCCAUCUCUCCAUCGAAAUUCUGUAACUUGCAUCUUUCCCUCGAAAUUUUGUCUCUUGCAUCUCUCCCCUAA